AUGCAGCUUCUCAUUCUGCUUGUUACCCUCGCCACCACGGCAGCGGCCACCCCCCUCUUCGGCCGCACCGAAAUCACGCGACGCGGCAGCCUCCGACCACGGCAGCUCAUCACCAGACAGCUGGACCUCGUCGACCUGCUCCCCCGCGACCUCGUAUCGGUCAACGGCCCGCUCGUCGCGGUGACUUCGUCCUCGGAGAGCACCAGCGGCACCGGAAGUUCCUCUAGCACCUGCGGGCUGACGGGCUGUGCCGAGUCCUCCGAGUCGGCCAGUGGGGGCAUGAGCGCGACAUCCGGUACAAGCUGCCAGUUCCUCGGCGGUUGCGCGUCCGCAGCCUCUGCAGCCUGCGAGCAGAAUAAUAACGUGACGAACGUGACCACGAGUUCUUCGCUGUGUGGAGACGGAAAGAGCACGAACAGCAAGGGAAUUCUGAGCGCAGGGCUGCUGGAUGGCGUUGGCAGUUUGGUCGGAGGGAGUAGCAAGAGGGUUGUGAGAAGUCUGGCUGCUGCUCUGAGGAGGUAA